AUGACAGAUAUCGAGAGACAAUUGGAAGAAUUACACGAUUUAUCCGACGACAACAUGAGGGAACGACUAGCGGAACUUGGACUUCCAUUAACCGGAUCAACCGCUAAUUUAAGAGAAAGACUUCGAAAAGAGCUGACGAAAGAUCAUCAAUUAACCAUCAACGACGACGAUCACGACGCUUUGACAGAUGAUGAAGUAAACAUAAAUUCUUUAAAACUAAAUGAAUUAAAAUUUAGAUUACGACAAUUGGGUUUGUCAAUCAUAGGAAAUAAACCGGAAUUAAAAAAUCGUUUACUAGAAGCAUUAGAAAGCAUAAAUCAAGAACCCAAUUUAAGAGGCUUUACCGAAGAAGAACAAAAAGAAUACGAAAAGCAAAGACGAGAAGAUGAACAAAGACGAGAAGAUGAGCAAAGACGAGAAGAUGAACAAAGACGAGAAGAUGAGCAAAGACGAGAAGAUGAGCGAAGACGAAAAGAUGAGCAAAGACGAGAAGACGAGCAAAGACGAGAAGAUGAGCAAAGACGAGAAGAUGAGCAAAGACGAAAAGAUGAGCAAAGACGAAAAGAUGAAUUAAGACGAGAAUAUAAUCUAAGACGAGAAAAUGAGGAAAUACAAGAAAAUGAACUAAGACGAGAAAAUGAACGAAGAAGGCAAAAUGAGCAAAGACGUCAAAAUCAACAAAAAAAUCAAAUUCAAUCAUAUUCUAAUGAUAUUGAUUAUCAACAAUCACCUACGAGUUACGACAGAAGAGAUCAAAUUAAUUCAAGAAAUCAAUCUCACUCUUCGAUAAUAACCUUCAAAGACAUAGAGGGCACGUUAGACUUCUUCAGCGGUGAUGAUGGUCGAAAUAUUCAACAUUGGAUAAGCGAAUUUGAAGAUACAGCACAAAUAUGUGAAUGGAACGAAACAUACAAAGCAAUCUACGCAAAACGUUUACUGAAAGGUUCCGCCAAAUUAUUUAUAAAUUUUGAAGAUUGCAAAUAUUCCUGGGAAGCAAUGAAGAAGGCACUCAAAGAAGAAUUUAGCACGAAAAUCGACAGCCAUGCAGUACAUCUGAAAAUGCGUCAACGUAAGAAAAGGCAUGAUGAAACCUAUCACGAAUAUUGUUACAAAAUGAUGGAAAUUGGAGCUCAGGUCAACAUGGAACCUAGUGCGGUAAUAGAAUAUAUUAUAGAAGGAAUUGAAGGAGACGAGGUAAACAAAUUGAUUUUAUACGGAUCAAAUAAUAUUCGCGAAUUAAAAUUGAGACUAGACACAUAUGAAAAAAUGAAACUAAAAUCUAAAUUAAUUAAUAAAACAGACUAUACUCUAAAGAAAACUUUUACAAAACAAACAGACACUGACAAAAUUAACAAAUGUUUUAAUUGUGGGUCAGAAGGCCAUAUGAGCAAAGAUUGUCCACUUAAAGAUAAAGGACCAAAAUGUUUUCAAUGUAAUAAUUAUGGACAUAAAGCAAACCAAUGUUCACACGAUAUUGGAAUUUCCAAAGAAAUUCGAACAUGUAAUGUACUUCAAACUAAUUCUCAAAAAUCGUACAAAACAAUCUCGAUAAAUGGGGAAGAAUUCAAAGCUCUAAUCGACACAGGGAGCGAAUUAAGUGUUAUUGGGGAAGAAAUUAUCAAAAAUCUAGAAAUACAAUUUAACAAAGAAAAAAUAACAAAAUUUUCAGGCAUAGGAUCAGGUGAUUCAUUUAUGUCUACUUUGGGUAUGGCUUCAGUAAAUUUGAAAAUUGAUAACGAACCCUUUAAAGUAAUUUUACAUGUUAUUUCGAAUCACGUGAUGAAAGAUAUUAUAGUAUUAGGCACGGACUUUUUGAACACAAUUGAAUUACAUUAUAAAGACGGAAAAAUAAAAAUUUCUAAAAUUAAAAAUACUUCUGACAAAAAUUAUAUAAAUCAAAUCGAUUAUAUCAACGAAACGAAUAAAAUUGAUCUUUCUUACAUAAAAAAUGAUAAAAUUCAAAACGAAAUUAAUAAUUUGUUAGAUGAUAAAAUAAUAAGAUCCACUACGUCAGACUACGCAAGUCCUAUUGUAAUCGCGACAAAGAAAAAUGUGUCUAAAAGAAUUUACAUCGACUAUAGUCAAUUAAAUAAAAAAGUUUAGAAAGUUCUUGAUUUUCGAACACCUGAGGGCAGGUGAAUUUAUCAGAAUGGCCGAGUGUAGUAUUAAUCACUUAACAAUUACUAAUUAAAUAUGUAACCGGAAUUGGCACGCAGAACAAAAGAGGAUCUGUUAAACAAAAUAUGAAUUAUAAUUAAACAAAAACUUAGUUGUCAUUCAGACAUCUGUCACGAUAGACGCAAAUGUAUGAAAACACUAUUUAAAAUAAAUACUAAUCAAGAGUUAAUUGAUC